UUGAUGUUCGAAUAGCUUUAGUGGCUUUCCUUAAGCGUUAUUGAUGCACUAAUCGUUUUAAUGGGUUGUUCUUUUCUUAAAAUGAUAUUCAAAUGCUGUAAAUCCUCCCAAUAUCACCUAACGUUGUGGGUGAACUUCCUGUAUUUGUCGAUUUAAUUUCAUGCUCCCUGCACAUAAAAGCCGCUAAUAUCUUACGUGCUAGCCAGUCAAACAUUUCCAACAUGGAAAGACGGAGCAACUUUAAAUACGAAGAACUAAGAGAAAGUGCUGCAGAAGUCCCGCAUCAAACUCAGAGUCGAGAUGAGAAUGUCGAGUCAGGCGCAACAUCAUCUUCAACGAAUGAAUCAGAAUCCACAGUAAACAUGGGAUACCAUGAUAAACUGGGCGUGGCAUUCUCGGGCGGUGGAAUCCGGUCAGCGGCUUUUUGUUCAGGUGUUCUUCGCAGGCUCCUUAAGAAAGAAGCAGAACCUGAUUAUUUAAGCUGCGUGUCUGGCGGAGGUUACACUGGAAGUGCUUAUGUCCAUUGGAAAUACCGAAAGUCUACGAACAACUUUUUUGAUGAUAUGCGGAAAAAUGCAGGCUAUUUUUGCAAUUAUAAUUGUAAAAAGAAGACUCGUUCUAAAGGUCUCGGUGACUGCGUGCCGUUAUUUUUAUUGCUUCUUUUUGUUGCAAUAAUUUUCCCAAUUUUAGGUUGGGGUUCUCUCGCUAUCCCAAUCGCAUUCAUCAUUAAACUUCUGUAUGGUCAAUUUCUCGAUGGUACGAAGUGUAGGGAUAAUGGUGAUAGUAAAGAUUGUUUAGAACGAAAUCUCCUUUUUUCCCUCUCCUUACUUUUCUUUCUUCUUUUUCAUUUUUUUGAAUAUUGUUGCAAAGGUUGUUCUAAGGAUAAAAAUUACAUUAAGAUGAAGUGGGCUAAGUUGCUUCUUAAACUAGGUCAGUUAAUUUCUGGCGCUACGUUUGCUUUUACCUUUGGGCCUUGGUUUAUUAACGAUUUCUUGGAAUAUUCACCUUGGUAUAUCCAGGGCGGCAUAAUUAGUAUCACGGCAGUUUUUUGGUUUUUUGUUCCGGUUUUGCGAAAGUACUCUUCUCUGGUGAUUCUGAUCUAUUUCUACUCAUAUGUCGUGUACUGGCACCUAUAUGAGAAGAAAUUUUUUACUAUUAAGUAUACAAAAGAGGAAUUUGGAAAAUGGUUUAAAAUAUCUAUCAUCUUAGUAGCGUUAUUCUCAAUUCUUGGAGAUGUUCCUCUUCGCAUGGUUCAUAUUUAUAACAGGUGGAGAUUGAAGAACGCUUUCUAUAUAUAUGAUGAGAAAAAUGUCAAGGAACAAUGCUGUUAUUGUUAUGAUCUUUUUCCUGGAGGCCACUGUUCAUCGUGUUGUUGUGCGACUUGCACGUGCCCACCCGAAUUCCCUGACGAGCCUAACGAGGGAGAGGUGACAUUGAAAGACUUAAAAGGAACAAAACCGGAGUAUAUCAGUAACAUGGUAGUAAAUAACUGGCGAAGAGAAUACGAUAGAGAAUAUUGUGUACUCACUAUGAGCUCGGAAGGUAUCACUGUGAUAGACAAACAACCGCAAAAUAAUCAAAGCCGAACAGAGCCACAACAGGAUCAAGAGAAUUUGAUAUUCAGAGAUGACUAUUUUAGAGACAUUUUGCAGCCAAGGGAUAUUAAACUGUCUUCAGCAAUGGCAAUGUCUGCAGCGGCUGUCUCGCCCCACCUUGGAAAGUAUAAGCCAGAAGAACAGAAGCUCACGCAUAUUCUGACCAUUUUGAACAUGGAGAUGGCUGCAAAUGUUGUUUAUAACAUGGCAGGUGAAAGACAUGCAUCUGAAGAUUGUAAAAGUAGCUGCUCUAAAAUUUGCCAUGUGUCAUGUUUGUAUAUCGCAAAUUUUAUCGUAGCGGUAAUAAUCGCCGUUGGAGGAAUUUUUCUAUGGGAGGCGUUGGAACCGCACACUAACAGUUUGUCUGUAUGCGUGACUGGAGGUGUAGUUGGAGGAAUCCUAUUACUGCUACUUAUCUUGCCGUUGAUUAUAAUAUGCAUAGACUUUUCUGGUUCCACAAAUUGCUCUGUUUGUUCAUUUUCAAGCCUAUCCGGAUGGCUCACUGUACAUCUGCCCGUUUAUCGUUUCCUUCUUUCCCUUUUACAUUUCAUCCACGAUGGUCCAAAACCACCAGCGAUGUUGCAUCUCAGUGAUGGCGGCCAUUUUGAAAACUAUGGUCUCUUACCUCUGUUAAAGUUGCGACUGCCGAAGAUUCUAGUCGCAGAUGGUUCCUAUAUUGAAUCGAACGAUGAUUACGCCAAGGAAAUUAUAGAGGUAAUGGAGCUAGCGCGUGAGUUGUUAGGCUGCUCUUUCACUGCAAUGGAUGGGGGAGAUGUGUUGGCUGAUAUAAGAAACAAGUAUGUCUACCCUCAGGUUGAAGUAGGUGCGAACCCCGAGAAUGUACAUCCUCAAAAAGUGUAUCAAAGAAUGUAUGAAUUUAAAGUUCGUUACCCCGAUAAAGGACCGUUCGAGGUGCGUGAAGGCCACAUUGUCCUUAUUGCGCCGCGUCAUCAGAACGAUGGCGAGAAAUCCGAUGAUUCGGUCACAUGGGAAACCGAAAAAGAAGAUCUUAAAAUAAACGAUUGGGGCUCGGGGCCCAUUCUUAGAGAAGAAGAUAUUUCUAAUUUUCCUGCAACAUCAUCCUGCUGUGAGAAGAGUCUUUUUCGUUGUUGUGCUAAAGGCUCAGCCUUUCCUCGUCAUUCAACUGCAAACCAGUUUUUUACACCUCAUCUGUUCAGUAUUUAUCACAGAGAAGGUUACAGAGCGUGUAUGAAAUGCGAUGAUUUUCUGAAACCACCCAAACGUACUACUCGUUUGCAUUCAAUCUAAAACACCCGUCGCGCAUAUGACUGCCAAAUGGAUCAAAUCGAAAUAUAAAACCCUACUUUAUAACCAUCGGAAAAAGCAUCAAGUUUAAUUAUAUUUUUCUUAAAUGAGGUCCAGGAUUCCACUGGGUCUGAACGUGAAACGAAUUUUAGGUAGAAACACUUGUAAAUUUGAAAUGAACGGUUAGUUAAUGCACAAAUGAAGAUUGAGGACCAUCAAUCUCAAUCAAGUUGACUCCAGGCAUAUACAAUUAAUAACAGCACGUUAAAUAUCCAUUUAAUAAAGAUAUUUAACAUUCAUUUUUUGUAAACUUACGUUCUGAUUGGUCGAUUUGUACCACGUGAGUAAAUGUUAUAUAACAACAACGCCACGGCAGUGCCGUUAUAGGAUUUAUUGCACGAUCAAAAUGGCGGCAAAAACAAAAAAUUUGCCGAACUGAGCGAAGAGAACGAAGAGGAAAUUAAUGUAAUUAUAGAUGAAUCCACACAGAAAAAUACUAAACGGGCAACCGCUUUGGGUGUUUUAGUAUUUAAAGAUAAGCAAGUGUUGUUUAGUUAAGUUUAAAAAUGAUACAAAGUCUUUACGAGUUUACUCAAAAUGAAUAUUAAAAGCAUUAGAGCACUCUUAUUUGUGCAUUAUCGGGUUUUACAUGCACUCCGUUCACAU